AUGGAAAGCCCAAACCACAACGCCAUUGACACAAAGGCUUCCCAAGGAUGGUUGCAGUCAGGUAUUGUUACACAAAUAAGGCGCGAAGUUGCGAUAGAACUAUCUAUAAAUGUACCUGCUGAUCUCCCCAAUGCUGAUGAUGAACCAGCGGCCCCAGUACCGGAAGCCAACAGAUCACCAUCUGCUGCUGAGCUGGUAUUCGAAAGGAUUCAUUUGCUUUAUGAUGGAAUGGACCCUAUGACUGGCAGACCAAAACUUCGGCUUAGCGUGGACCAGCUCAUACCCGAGCAACAACGCAGGCAGCAAUGGAAGAAUAAGGCACUUCAUGGUAAAUACCGCACCCUACUCGAGAGCGAUAAGAUCGAUACCUUCGCAUCCACGGCCUACCUCCGCUCUGGAAACCUGUUUGCUGAGACAGAAGUGUUCAUAUCUGCUAUCCAAGAUCAGGUCAUCGCAACUAAAGUAAUAAAAGAACAUAAUGCGGGAACGACAAGACAAUAUCACAUGUCGUGUGUGCGGUGGAAAAGGAAUGAAUACCUGGACCACAUCAUCGCUGGCUGCUCAAUGUUGGCACCGAAAUCCUACCUAGACAGGCACAAAAGAGUCGGAAAGAUAAUCCACCAAAGCCUUCGUGAAAAGUACAUGGGGUUGACAGAAAUAGUGCCGUACUAUUUAUACGAGCCGCCUGCUGUGUGCGAAGAUGAACAAACCCGGCUCUACUGGAAUCGAAAAAUUAUAACUGAUAGACCGAUAAGUAAUAAUAUACCGGAUAUCGUGCUCACUCUAAAAAAUGAAAACAAACAUACAUAG